AUGGGCGAAGAGGGAGAUAUCGGCGAGCCAGGUGAACCGGGUAUUAUGCAGGAACAUGAAAAAGGUCAUCCCGGUUUACUCGGCGCGAGAGGUCCACAGGGUGAGAGAGGGGAGGCCGGGGAACCUGGCGACCCUGGUCCCGAAGGUCCGCCGGGCAUUGAAGGUGAACGUGGAGAAGACGGUUUGCCAGGCGAAGAUGGCGAAGAUGGCGAGCCGGGUGUCAUUGGACGCGAAGGAGAACAGGGUCAUCCUGGUACGUCAUUGCUCCUGCUUUUUAACUUAGAGAUCAUCCGAAGGGUACAGUAG